GUAUGACGUCCCAGCCCCUCUUUAUCAACUUAUUUCUUAAUACGUAGUCCCAUCUACAGGAUCUUUCAUUUCAAAUUUCUCUUUCGCGCAGGAUCAGACCUAUUAUCUGGUAUUGUUAUUCGAUCGACAUACGGUUUCUUCCAACCAUCUCUACUACCGCCGAUUCACGAUGCCGAUGCUACUCCUGGGCAGCUGCCAAUGCGGUGGCGUUGAAUUUUCCCUUGAAUCGCAUACUCCGGUCCCAUACCAGCUCUGCGCAUGCAGUAUCUGUCGGAAAGUUGGCGGCUACAACGGCUGCGUGAAUCUCGGAGGCGUCGCAAAGACACUGGUAAUCAAGAAAGGGAAAGAUCUCCUUAAGAAAUACACUGCUAUCAAAGAUCGCGGCAAGCCAAACCAGCAGAUCUGCUCGUCGGAACGUAAUUUCUGCUCUAAUUGCAGCACGAUGCUCUGGUUAUGGGACCGUCAUUGGCCAGAACUGAUUCAUCCGUUUUCGUCCGCCAUAGACACUGAGUUGCCUGCUCCAGAUGAGAUGGUCUGCGUCAUGGCAGGUUCCAAGCCGAACUACGUGAGGUGGCCGGAGGGCAAGAAGAGCGUCCACGAAUUGUAUGGCGAGGAUAGCAUUGAAGGAUGGCAUAAGAAACAUGGCCUUUACAUUCGGUAGGUUUACGACAAAGGGAAAACUGGCAUGAGAAUGGUAUGACAAUGUAUUCAUUGAUCUAGCUAGCGAGAAUUAUGGACC